GGUAAAAAUGAAUUCAAUAAUGCACAUUUUUGUCACUGCUGGGGUUUUAUUCCCUUCCCUUCAUCAGUAACGAAGGGAAUGGCCCUGAAAUGGGGCACAAAAGACGCAAUCGGAGGGUGCAGGAGGCGCCUGAAUGUGUCAUGGCCCCAUCUGCAGGCAGGAGAUUGGGGCUCUCCUCCCUCCCUGGCUGAUAAAAGCAGAGCUGGGAUCGAGCGGAGCCGGUGCCAAAGAGAGGGGAAACCCCAAGAAGAGGGAGAAAUCCAGGUGGGAAAGCAACCGGAGGAGCCUCAAAGCAACACAAAAGGGGAGGACGUGGAGGGAGCGAUGUCGUUCCUCCUCAAGCCACGGCCACGCAUGUGGGAUCUCGCCCUGGACUAUCACACAGCAAAGCAGUUUGAAGUGGACGUGACCCUGGACCCGGCCACUGCGGGCCCUGAAGUGAUCCUGUCCGAGGACCUCAAGGAGGCCUCCUGGGGUAGGCCUGGCCUCCCCUGGCCGGACGCCCCGGGCCGCUUCGACACCGACCCCUGCCUGCUGGGCAGGGAGGGCUUCACCUCAGGGCGCCACUACUGGGAGCUGGAGGCCACGGGGCGGUUCUGGGCCGUGGGGGUGGCCCUGGAGUCGGUGCAGAGGAAGGGCCGGGUCCUCUUCAAGCCCAGCGCCCACAUGUGGGGGCUGCAGAGGUACGACGAGCUCUGCGUGGCCCUCACGGCCCCGUCCAACACCUCCGUCCCGCUGGGCAAUGGGGGCAUCGGGGUCUACCUGGACUACGAGGUGGGAGAAGUCUCCUUCUAUGCCGUGGGCAGCCGCCAGCGCAUCUUCACCUUCCCCGUGGGCUCCUUCAGUGGGGAGAGGGUGUUCCCCUACUUCUGCGUGCUCCUCUCCACCAUCAGACUCUCUGCCAAGGGGUCAAUCGCUGCUGGGGUUGGUUCGUGAUGGCUGGAAACGCUCCCUGAUGCUCCUCAGCUCUUACAUUCCAGGUCUUGGAAUCGUUUCCAUUACAGCUCGUGGUCCUACCUCCAUAUAAUGCAUUCCAGGUUCUAUAUAACUGGGUUACAUCAGGGGGUUUUGGGUGCAGCUCAUCCCCUCUGAAAGCCACCACCAUUAAAUCCAUCCCAAGCUCCCUCAUGGAGCUUCCCCGAGCUUCUUUCAAGCUGAAAACUUGGGUUUUCCACCCCAGUUCAGCCCCUCCAAAGGUUUCUUUUC